GCGUGUGACGGACGGCAAGGCAAGGGGGGAAUGUAAAUAUAUCACCAACCGGGUAUGUGCCUGAAUAGCCAAAAGCUGGCAUAGUGACUGAGCUGAGUACCUCGUAGGCUGGUAGAACGGUGGCCUCCUUUGGGAAGGCGUCAAGUAUGUUGGCAAAUACAGGGAAUCCGUUCAUCCAGACCAUAUAUGGUAGUGGCCAAGCUUAUGGUCAACUUCUAGAAAAGUCAGUUGUGCAUUCUGUUCCCGGGCUGCUCAGGGGCUCUGGGUUCGUCGCUCGAGUCUCGUCUCGACGGUACGUAUGGAGUGGUCGGUUGGCGCUUAAAAUCACACAUGGGAUGAUGAGUGAUCGGCGGAACUGGUGUGGUUGCUUGCUUAGUAAGGCAUUCAGUUCACCUUCGGUUUCCAGUUUGCACCUCAAGAUGAUGUUCAUCGACAGUCAACAUGGUGCCUCAACCGGUCACUGCGGCGACUCCAUCGCCCGGGAUUACUGGCCUUUUCCUCUCUCUCUCUCUCUCUCUCUCUCUCUCUCUACAUUCAUUUUGUCUUUGUCAUGUGCAUUCAACUGUUCUGUCACGGCGCUUGCUUAUGUUCACGACGCGGCAGCGGUCAGAUCGGCGAGCGUUCCCUACCCAAGGGUUCGAUCUACCUGACCCAGGACAUAUCAUUGAAGAGGAGGGGAUGCCAGAAUAUAACCCCGAUCAUUUUUAUCCUGUUUUCUCGGGCGAAAUUCUCCGUGACAGGUUCCAGACUCGGCUUCUCACCGUCUCAACGGGUCACGGGAUGCUGUCCUUGCGAAGAUUUCUUCAAGCAGCAGAAUGUGUCAAAAGAUGAUACCAUCUGUAGGCAGCUAAUUCGAAGAAUUAGAACUAACGUUCAACAAAGGGCUUAACAGCGAGACUGUGUCUCUUCCACCCC